AUGAUGAACAAGGAUCAACAACAAGUAUUAAAAGGAGAAACUAUUAUGAAAUGUAAUAAUCCUUUUUGUGUGAGAGUUAUGAAAUAUUCACCCAAAUUGAUCGUUGCAGAUGCCUCCAACAGCAUUGUUACCUUGUAUGAUCUCACAAAUCACAGUGUACGGGAAACGUUUACAGUAACUACCGGUAGUAUCAAGGGCGUUGGUGUGGAUCCAUCGGAUGAUAGCUUUUACAUUGUGACUGGAAAAUUACUUGUAAAAUAUGACUCUGAAGGAGUGUAUCUUGGAAAAUAUGGAAAGAAUCUAGAUCUUAAGAGCCCUAUUGGAGUAGCUGUGGAUGAGGUUGGCAAUUGUUAUAUUACUGAUCUUGAUGGAAGAAUUGUGGUCAUGUCCAGUGAAGGACUUCUUGUGAGAACCAUUGAGAUGGAAAAACCUUAUGACAUUUAUUUUGAACCUAAAUUCAAAUAUAUGGUGGUGUCAGAUCAGAAAAAGGAUGUCAUUCGAUUACUGACAAAGAGUGGAGAAAAGGUGAAAAAAUUAGGAUAUAAGGGAAAUGCAAAAGGGCAAUUCAGUUCUCCAAGUGGUGUCUUUGUGGACUCUUUUGGACAUAUUUUUGUGGCAGAUUUGGGGAAUCAUAGAAUUCAAAUGUUUGACGAAACUGGAAAGUUUAUGGCUGUCAUUGGGGGAAGUAGAGGAAAAAACGAUGAUGAGAUGGAAUUUCCACGGUCUGUGUGUGUUGACCCGUGGGGAGUGAUGUAUGUGGCAGAUAGUUCAAUCGUUCAAUAG